AUUGGUCAGCGGGACAACAUAGGGCGGGUUAUUAAUCGCACCAUUGUCACUGUGAUUGGAGCAGGUUUGAUAGUGGGAAGUGCCUUUACGCCGGUGUCUCCCUGGUUGCGCAAGACGCCAUUUUGGAGUGACAGUGAAAGAUAACGGAAAGAUCGAGAAGCUGUCUUUCUAAAGCUUCGUCGCCAUGGGGAAUAUAUUUGCAAGCUUAUUCAAAGGCCUUUUCGGCAAAAAAGAGAUGAGGAUUCUUAUGGUGGGGCUCGAUGCUGCUGGAAAAACAACCAUCUUAUAUAAACUGAAGCUUGGAGAGAUAGUCACCACCAUUCCCACCAUUGGUUUUAACGUUGAAACUGUAGAAUACAAGAACAUCAGCUUCACAGUGUGGGAUGUGGGCGGUCAGGACAAAAUCAGGCCGCUGUGGCGCCACUACUUCCAAAACACUCAAGGUGAGUUCUUGUUAUAUUUGCAUGCACCGGUUACUGCCUACAGGUGA